UCUCCUCGGCUCUCCUCUAAGCUCGGUUGUUGACACUCUCCAAAACUCCGCACGGCACCCACGGAUAACGGAGACACCGUUACAGCUCGCCCCAGGCCCUCCUGUCUCCUCAGCUGCUCCGUGCAAAGGCGGAGAAACCGAUCUACCGACAGCACGGGAUUGUCAGCGUGGAUCGCCUCUUCUGAUUUGCUUCGGGUUUGAACUUUUCUUACUCCCGGCCUGCAAGCUCGCGAGCGGUCUCCUUCGUCUCCUUCCUCUGUCCUAAGACCCAGAGAAAUGGCAGAGAAGCGCAGGUCCCCGUGCGCGCUGAGCGUCAAGGCGCAUGCAUUCUCAGUAGAAGCGUUGAUCGGGGCGGAAAAACGCCGCAGGACAACCGGAGAGGAGGUUGUGUCCCCCGGCUACGAGGACGGAACAGAUGCUUCUGAUGUAACCGGGAGCCCGGGACUGCGAGCGGACAGAGCGUGCACCGGCGACCGGGGCAGCGAAGCUGAAUGUGCAAGUGACGGAUCCCCAGAGAGCGAGGACGCGUCGCUGGAGAGCCCGCAGCCCGCAGCUCUGUGCACGGCGCCGGUAACCGGGACCGGAGAGGAGACCCGCGUGGACCUGCAGGGUUCAGACCUGUGGAAACGGUUCCACGAGAUUGGCACGGAGAUGAUCAUCACCAAGGCUGGACGGCGGAUGUUCCCUGCUAUGCGUGUGAAGAUUACGGGUUUGGAUCCACAUCAGCAGUAUUACAUCGCCAUGGAUAUAAUCCCCGUGGACAAUAAACGAUAUAGGUACGUGUAUCACAGCUCCAAGUGGAUGGUAGCGGGGAACGCUGACUCACCUGUGCCUCCCAGAGUAUACAUCCAUCCGGACUCCCCGGCCUCAGGAGAGACGUGGAUGCGUCAGGUGGUCAGCUUUGACAAACUCAAACUGACCAACAACGAGCUGGAUGACCAGGGACAUAUCAUUCUGCACUCUAUGCACAAGUACCAGCCGCGGGUCCACGUUAUCCGCAAGGAGUGUGGAGAGGAGUUAUCCCCGGUGAGGACCGUCCCAGCCGGGGAAGGCACCCGCACCUUCUCGUUCCCUGAGACUGUGUUCACCACCGUCACAGCGUAUCAGAACCAACAGAUUACAAGGCUGAAAAUUGACAGAAACCCAUUUGCCAAAGGCUUCAGAGACUCUGGCAGAAACCGGAUGGGUUUGGAGGCUUUGGUUGAGUCUUAUGCAUUCUGGCGUCCAUCGCUGCGAACACUCACAUUUGAGGACAUCCCUGGCAUGACUAAGCAAGGAGUCCCGGGAACUCACGGAGGGGUUGGCGCAUCGUCUCACCUGCUCUCCACAUCCCCAUGCUCAUCUCCUUUCCAGGUUUGCCCUCUCAGUCCACCAGACUACACCUGUAGCCGACCCACACACCCUCUCCACCGUUACAGUAACCCCCCAGAGCCAUUCCCCCCUCCCAGAGGUCCAUCUGCGUAUGAAACUGAAGGAUUCUGCUCCCUGCCUCUCCCUGCUUCUCAGCUUGGCUAUCUGUCCAACCCCACCUCACAGGGUUAUGCCAGUCUUCGCCUCCACACACCGCCCUACAGCCUGUACGGUUACACAUUCCCCUCUUCACCACGGCUCGCUGCCAGCCCUGAUAAAAUGGUUGCCACUGCCACUGCCAAUCAUCAGAGUGCCUUCCUUGGCUCGUCGCCCAGUGGGACUUUAACGGACAGUCUGGGUGUGCUCAGUGGAGGACAGCAGGGCUUCUUGUUUGAUUCUCGGACUUUAGGACUGGCAGGGAGCCAGUCGGGAGGUGGGGCCUCACAGGUCACUGCUCACAUGGGCUGACUUUGAUUCUGGGUUGUUACAAAAACAAAAUGACACCCCGGAUUGGGUGUGUGUUGCUUUUGGUUCAGAACAUUCGAUGAAUUAAUGGUCGAGCAUCAUGCUGAACUGACGACAGAGAGGAGAGACAGAUCAGGCAUUAAAGCUUUACCUGAAGGAAAUAUAUUUCUUUUAUUUUCACGCAUGAUUUCUAUGACACACCAGCGGACCUGCAUUGGUCACUAAAGAAGCAGCAGUUUUGGAUAAGGAGUCCAGACGAUGUAACCCACUGACUGAAUUUGGACUGGGCUGAAACUGGGCUGGCCCAGAGAAUCAAAGCAAGCACUUCAUUCCCUGCCAGGAGGCCCUGAAGCAGUAACUAUGAUACUCAUGAAGUGUUGCCACUGCCUCCAUCAUUGCCUACACUGGGUGGAAUUACUAAACACCAUGAAAAUUGUAGAACCUCUUCUCAUUACAUGCAUGAUUGUGCUCUCGAUCAAGUCCAAACAGCACUAUGCACUGCUGGCACGGCCUUUUCACCACUCAAAAAUACUUUUACACACAACACUCGGGGCAACAUCAUUGCCACAAGAGACCAUAGGAGUUAUUCAGGUGGCAGAUGUGAACUGAUGGUAAAGCUGUAGAGAACAAUGGAUGAUGAAAAGAUUUACAUGAUCUGUGCCUGGUUUGACAGACAUUUACCUGAUGUGGCUGUUUGGAUGUCAGACUUAAAUGUAUCUGACAGAGAAGUAACAGUACAUGACUCUGUAUAUACAAGGGGGACGGGGGGGGCCGAGAGGUGGCCGGGAGGAGAUUUGUGUAUAUAAAAGGAUGUGCAACCCUUCGCACUUAAAAAAAAACCCCAGUGCACCUGCUUCUGCUCUUUAGACUGUGUCAGGUUUGGGAAAUCCAGUCCUGAACUUGACUGAAAAGCUUUUCUUUGCAAAUAAACUAUAACAAUGAGCCCUUUGGCUGGAGGACAUUAACAUGUUCUGUGACCUUUUUGAGCCAAAUAAAAUAAAUAUGUAUUCAUGUUACGAUGUUUGAAUGUAAUCAGUAACUUACUAAUUUAACUGAUUUCACAUGGUUUUGUAAUGUAAUUCAAUGUAUGCUCGUGUGGGCAUGACAGUUUCUUUACACAGUUUUUUUUUUUUAAUCAAAGCAAU